AUGGCAACACACACCGUACACACCGCUGAAGAUGACAGCGAUCAAACACCUGUGGCGUCAACUUGUUCGCCAAGUGAUGUUGGUGGCGCUUCGAGAUAUGUAGACACCGGUGAGGUACAAUCGCAGAGUCCGGAUUCAUUUAUUAGCGAUAAUAUCGCGACAAAUCCCGAUGGUACUAACGAUGGCAACCGACAUUCGUCAGGAUCACGUAAUUUAUCGGUCGUGAGAUCUCAGGAGCCGCCGGAUGCCACCCAUAGGACGAGUGAUAUGUUUCGUUUUUCGAAUGCUCUGCAUUAUCCUGGAGGCUUCGGGUUGGGUUUGAACUUUCGACCUGCUUUAAUGAUGACGCCAUCUCCAAUUGGCAAGGUCGUUGAUGAUUUGGCGGUCGCUGUUGAUAAAAUGACCGUGAGUGACGAUAUUUCAUCUAAGCAGACUGAUACUUCCGCCCAGGAAUGCUCGGACGGCAACUUAGAGUCGUGUGCUAAAACUGAUGAUUCGUCAGUUCGUAGCCGAGACAUGCCUAGGUCUUUGGAGCCAUGCGGGGGUGUUUCCGAUCCUGGAAAUUUGGACACCCCAAACAUUUUUGCGGCACAAAGUGAAUUUGUCUCUCACUUCGAUCUACGAAUCACGGAUUACUUCACUCACGCGCGUUGCUUCUGCAGUUAUGUGCUCUACUCAGUGCAUUUCAAUGACUUUGGAAUCGCCAAGGUGGCAACACGCCGUUAUUCCCAUUUCACUCACUAUGAUACCGUCAUUCGUGACUUAGGGUACCAUCCUCCAGUUUCACUACCAGAGGAGAGUUUUUGGGAUAGCAAUUCACCGUCAUUUUUGUCGCAACGGUUCCAAGACUUGAAAGGUUACCUUAGACAUCAGCUUCGUCAGCCGACAACAUCGCAAUUAUCUUUGUUGCAUAUGUUCCUUGGGUGCAGCCCGGAAACCAUUUUGUAUUUGCGUCUGGUUACUGCUAAUACAAAUGCCACAAAGCUGAGCGCCGUAAGCACGUUGUUCAGGUACCUGAUGCGAUCUGGCGCUGAUAGGGUCUCGUUCAUAUCACGUGAGGCCAAGAUCCCACUGGCACCUUUCCAGGACCUACCCGCUGCAUCUCAUGUUGGUGUUGAUGCUGUUCCAGAUGACUACCGUCUGUGCAGCCCGUUGGUAGUGGGUUCGCUCUUGGACUGCCUUUUGUUUGGCGACGCCAAAUCUGUGUAUGAGGUUUGCGCUAUAAUGUUGUGGAUGCUGCAUCGUAAUGAAGCCCUUCGCGCCAGCAUUUUGAGUUUGAAGGUAAUCUGUCAUGUGACCAAGGCAUUGUCACGUUUGAUUGUUGGCCAGGGUCUACCUGACCUCGAGGUUAGUAUCAAUAAUCUUCGUGACCGAACGUUUUUGCGGAUUUUGGCGUCGUUACCUUUAGAACGCAACAUUGCGUGGAAUAUGGUAUCGUACUAUUUGUUGAUGUCAAUAAACCUAUUACCUGAAUCUGCACGCAGCUUUCUGGACAAUAGUUCGAUACAGAAGUUCAUCACUCUCCUAGACCAUAACGAGUGUGGUGUUUUCCGGAGACUUUCACUUUGGGCACUAUGGAUAGGCAUGUUUGAGGAGGAUUUGAGGUCCUCUGUUGACCGUGAUACUUUGGGCUUGUUGCUGAAGAAACUCUAUGGUUCUGAAGAGAGUACUCUAAAGGUGUUGUGCGGCCUGGUACUGACGUCAUUGAUCGUACGUGGUUGGUUCUCCGGUGAUGAGGAGCCACGUGCCUCAGUUUUGGUUGUUAAUCUGCUCCCACACGUGCAUAAUGUGGAUUGCUUCGUUCGCCAGGAGAUAUUUUGUCAUACAUCUCUUAGGAGGUUUGGUAACUUGCUAAGUGACACUUCGUUAUCUAGUGGCGCUAGAUUGUUUCUGGUUUCCGUUUUACGCCACCAUCUGUUGUCUGGAUUUGAGGACCGACGUGACUUGCCUCCUAUUUUUGAUCUAUGUGAUAUGGAUGUUUACAGCAACGUUUCAGAGUUGUCUCAUGUGUUAUUCGGUGCUAUUGACCCAGAUUAUCGCGACGACAUUACUACAGAGGAUAUGUCUUUUGGUGAGAAGUUCUCAUCUUUGUAUUCGCAUCAUUUUAGUAACAUUGCUGAUACUGUUGCUGUUUCAUUAGAUGAUAUAGUUGAGCUUUUCUCUUUGAAUUGCGAUGGAGGAAUUUCAGACAGCAAUGCCGAAGUGAGUAAAGAUUCCUGGCAACUCUGUAAAGCUGCAGCUGUGUGUCUGUUGUAUCUACCAUACAGAUCAGCUGAAGUUGGUGAUAGUGAUUACUUUAACGUUGCUUUUCAUCCUCAGUCGGUGACGUCACAGUAUAAUAACGUUGUCCACCUGAAGGGUGGUUCUGCUAAGCUUGAACUCGAGAGCACCAAACAUACAAACCUCGCUGACACGGUUGUAUUGCGUCUCGACAAGCAGUUCUUCGUACGUCGCGUUGCGGUACUUCGUGCAUUGUUAUCUGGCUUACGUGAGAGCAUCUCCGAAUUUGACAGCAUCCAUUUAUCUGGCAAUGAAGUGGCUAAUGGGUGUAUGGGAAUGUUACGUAAGUUUUGGUGUUGCAAAGAUGUGAUCGAGCAUGAUUCUGAUCGUGGUGUCACGUUGAGUUUCGAUGCCCAUCGUAACGAGCACUUUGACCCUUUUAACAACUUUGCGUUUGAAGGUUAUGGGUGUCCUAUGUUGGAUGUUUAUGACUUCCGUAGUGUGGACGCUGUCGAGCUAUGUUCUUAUGCAAGUGAGAUGGCACAGUAUAGUUUGGUACAGCAAGGGCUUCUUCGUGUUGUGAAGUUUGCUAUUUCAUAUCAUCAGGCAUGUUCUUCCCGUUUGGCUACAUACCGUUCUAUGGUUGGAUGCUUAGAACGUCGCAUCGAUGAUAUAUGUGUGGAUACUCUGGAUGACUUAUCCGAGUUGGAAUCUCGCUUUUUAGACAUUUCUCGGUCCUAUGCCAUGGGUUUGCAGGAGGAGGGCGACCUUAUCUCUGCGUUGCAAGAAAAUAAUACGAUGCUAUCUCGAGUUCAAAACAUGCUCCGCAGCAGCCGGAUGAAACUGGAUGCAUGUCAUCGUGACGUUGUGGCAACACAAAAGCGUCUAGACGACCUUCCGAAUAUUCGCAGUGAGAACCUUGCUACUCAACAAAAGCUUACUCUAGCUGGGGAGAAAUUGUUAGAUUCGAUUCGUACUGCCAACGAGCAGAUUUUGGAACUGCAAGACGAGGUCGCACGAGAUGAGCGUGAUAAACGGGAGGUUAGCCAAUCUAUUCAGCGCCUGACUUAUCUAUUAUCUGUGUUAGAGGAGGGUAAAUACCAUGCGGUUAUGAGUGCGUUUCAGUCUGUAUCUAUCGAUGACAUCACACCUGAGCUUCGAGAUUCGUUUGACUCAAUGUUAUCGGCUUAUACCGCAUGUGAGCUGCUUGACGAGGACACAGUGCAUCGGCUAAAGGGUGUUAUAGUGCAGCAACUGAAUGUUCUACAAGACCAUCUAAACGCCAUAUACGGCCGUGAUGCCAACCUGAAGAUAGCGGCACUUAAUCGCCAGGUUGCAAAGGACGAGGAGAGUCUGUAUCAGACCCAGCUGGAGCUCAACAACACCCGCAAAUCGUGUGUUAUCGACAGUAGCGUACUCGAGGAGACUUUGGGGACCCAGAAAAUGUUAAUGGAAACUCUAAAGGGGACUAUAAGCAACCUGACUCGUGAGUUGCGCAAGAUUAAUGCAGGGAACCUUCAGGUGGGCAAGCAGCUGGCUGAGGUGAAGAGCCGUAAUGAUACAUCACGUACUCUGUUGGAUUGCACUCGUUUGGAAUUCAAGUCUGAUAUAAUGAGACAGCGUGAUCUUCGUCUGCGUCUGUUUCAUCACCUGUUGGCUGCCGAGCUUCUGUGUAAGAAGAUGUGGCAAGAGCAUCAGAAGUUAUCAGUCGCUCUAUCAUGUAAGACGAGCCUGAUAAAUCUUCUGUGCUCGCGCCGCUCCACUGAACGUUCAGCUCGCCUAUCUGUUAUUGAGGUAUUGAACAGGGCGUCAAAGAGGAUGUCACAGACUGCUGCUUUUCUAUGCGACUGUGAAACUGAGGAGUGUUUUUCCACAUAA